AUGUUAUGCAAGUUGGGCCUUGUACAAGAUGGAGCAUUCAGACUCAAACCACGUGGGAUUGGAAAGCGAUAAAUAAGCAACUCUGCUUAACAUAACCAUCAAUUAAAGUUGAUGCUAUUGCGUAAAUGUAAACGGCAUUAGUCGUUUCUCCUUUAUUCACCUCUGGAACUGAAUCAUAUAUUACAAGUAAAUGGGAAUAUGGUAAAAUUAAUGUAUCUGAUUGUCGAUUUAUAGGUACGUUCCAUAGGAUGCCAUUAGGAGCUACAUGUAUAGAAAACUUCUCAGUAUAGAUAGCAAUAGAAUCGAAAUGCUUCACACCGAUUUUGUACUAUAUGCCUGCAUAAGUACUGUUGUAUUGACCCUAUUUCUGGCGAAUGGUGACUUCACCUUUCGUACACUACGUGGUGUGAAACAUAACUGGAAGAAAGGACGUAAGAAAAUCUUUCCUACAGACGAAUAUAUCGGAGAAGUAAAUGGCACCAGCAUAAACGUAAUUAUACAUAGGAAAAAUGAGAUCAAAAGGAACCUCAAUACUUUAGUUUGUGCAGACAUUCAGGUCAUACUUGAUUUGUCAUGUUCGGUUGGCGCAAAAACCAAAAGGGAGGCCAAAUCAAUAGCUGGUAAUGUUACCUAUGAGCUGAUUAACCUAGAUACAACUCGACCACGAGUCAAAGUUGGAAUUAUGACAUACAGUGAAAACAUAAAGCAUAUACUACGGUUAGAUAAAUCACAAAAUGAAACAACAAUUUUAGACGCCUUUGCUAAUAUGAGUUUGGAAAAGAGUCCAAGUGACUUAUGUAGAACAUCUACACAUAUUGCUCUCGAGGAAACGAGAACUAUACUCAAACAUAUUAAAAAGACAGACAGAACACAAAUCAUUCUUCUGUUCACUGAUGGGUUAACGUUUUUAAGACGAUAUAGAAAUGAUUUGUAUGCAACAGCGAAGGAUCUAAAGGACAGUGGCGUCAUCAUUCACAUUAUAGAAUUACCACACAGGCGUGGGAAGUAUCAAAAUAUAGAAUUCGCUACUUUGGCUCAUUCACAUAAGCAUCGCUACAAAGGUACAGAUUGUUCAAAUGUUGCAAACGAUGUAUUUGAACGUAUCCUAUCUGACGCCGCGCCAUGCCCCGAUAUAGGACUACCUUAUUACUCAAAGUGUGCAUUCGACUGGACGUUAGAAAUUAAGAAUUACUGAAGCGGAAUUUGUCAGGGUAGACCGAAUUAUUCAAUCCACCAUUCGUAUAGUGCAUAAUGUACUAUAUGACCAUUGGAACCAUUUCAUCUGAAGUAGCCUCACUGGUGGAUAAUACGAUAAAGCAUGAAGUAAGAACGUGUAUCCAACUUUUGAAAGAUGUGGAAACGUCGACAUAUUAUUUCAGAUAGCAUCCCAGCAAAAAUGAAUACUACUGAAAAUUAGAACUUUAUUCUUUGAUGAAACAUUUCUAGAGUAAUGCUUAUAAUUAUACAUUGCCUUAGUAGACAUAUUGCUUGGUGUUGAUUUCGAGUGUACCCCUCCAAAAUGACUAGCUUACUACUGGUAAUGAGGACUUUAUCCUUGAAAAAUAUGGAAAGUACAUUGCUUUUAAUUAUGCAUUGCUUAUGUAGGCAUAUUGCUUGGCGUCGAAUACACAGUACACAACAUAGUCAAUUAAUAAGGAAAUAGAUAUGACAAAUACAAACAGUGUAUGGCAUGUGGAAUAUGAGUUAUUAACAGAUUACGUAUAAAAAAUGUCAUCAUUAUUAACCUAUUGGAUGCCCAAAAAACGGAUACAUCCGAAUCCGUCAAGAAUGUGGCUAUAGUUGAGUUAAGAGUUACACUUCUUUUUGAAUUUUCCGAAGCACGAAUAAGAUAAAUGAUUCAACAAGUCUGAUACAUAUUCUAAAAUUAAAUAUAUUUGAUCUGAGUAAAAUAAAAUCAUAUACUUUGAAAAAUUCUAAAUCUCGAAUUAUUGCAAAUUCCAGCAUAGGUUUCCCAUUUUGUAUUCUUUGGAGGCUCCAAUCGGAAAAACGAUGACCACGAAAUAUAUGUGAAAUGGAUAUGUUAUCUGAUUUACGCACCAAGCUUUCAAACGUUAAUCCAUUAACGUCUAUGUCCCAUAUAAGGGACGGUUUUAUCUUUGUAUAUAUUGGAAGAUGACAGUAUUGACUCGAUAGUACUUUAAAUUUCUUA